AUGAAUUAUUUGCAGAAUUGAAUCGAAGGCGGGGGGUAGUUGAUCAUUGAGAGUUUGAGACCGUAUGUCCAAUUUGUGAUUCUGGGAUUGAGAUGAGCUACGGCAAUCUUAGACUAUGGCGAUAUAAAGCCCUAAUUCUCCAAGAAAUUGUAAAAGGGCUUAGAAAUUACAGCUCAAAAUCGCGUGUGGGCGUGAAUCUGGAGAAACUGCGGCCUUUGAUAAUGAAGCGAAUCGCGCAAGCCAAGGAUGAUCGCCUCAAAGUCAAACCCACGCUUCUGGAGGCGCGUGAAGUCCUCCGAGCACGAAACGCUCUUUACGACGGCGUAUCAAUCCUCAUUCGCCACAUUCCGGUCUGGGUUUGCAAAUAUUGCCCGGAAGUUUAUAUUGGCGAAAGUGGUCAUUUGAUUCGAACAUGUCAUGGCUACCGGCAUCGUUCAAAUAAUAAGUUACACGAAUGGGUAAAAGCAAGCAUAAACGAUGUUAUAGUCCCUGUAGAGGUUCUCCAUCUGCAGAAGAUAUUCCCAGAUGUCAACAAACACCAUGAAAGAUUUGAUCAUCAAUACAUUCCUGCAGUUGUGGAGCUCUGCCUGCAGGUUGGAGUGGAUGUCAACGACCGAAGUACUUCAUCUAGUCUGAUUACUCCACCAUUUCCAGAUUAUGGCCUGAAACUGAUAGCCCGACAAACCAUGACUGCAUGGGAGGAGCUUCGGUCUGGAGUCCACAAGUUGCUGUGUGUGCAUCCGGCGAGAGUGUGCAAGUUCUGUAAGGAAGUGCAGGUUGGGCCAUCGUGGCACAGAGCUCGAGCAUGUGGGGUGUUGAAGGACGAGAGUUCUCAUUGCUGGAAGAGGGCGUUGGUGGAGGACUUAGUUCCGUCUAACGUGGUUUGGUCUAGGCGCCACCAGGAUACACGUGUGCUCGUUGAUCAGGGUCGCAAGUAUUAUGGUCACGCGCCUGCUGUUGUUGAUCUGUGCAGUAAGGCCGGUGCAUUGGUCCCAUCUAAAUACUUCUGCAUGAUGAAAGUUCAUGGAUUUACUGCUCCCCGUGAAUCGUCUUUGUGAUCUUAUAUUCAACUACCGUGGCCUCUCUGAUAUGGUGGUUGAUUGAUUGGUGUGAUUUCAAACAGUUUGUUGAUUCAAGGGUUAGAACUUAGAAGAGAAGAAUGAGGGUUUAGAGUAGAAAUUAGGAUUUUUUUACCCCAAUGGUAGUUGGUUUAUCCUCUCUGUUAAAUCCAGCGAUUUUCUGCAAAACAUCAAGAGUGCUUGCGUUGAAAUCAACAACAGAUUUUGUAUACAGUAAUACAAAAAUUUCUAUA